CUGGGCGUCCGACGGAACGCACGUACGGAGGACGGCCUUUAUCGCCAAACAUCAUCUCCAGCCUACGUCGCUAUUCUCGGUGUUCAGUGUUCGUGUUCCCGCGCGGAUCGCGCGAAUCGCUCGGACCCAAAGCCUUCUGGCGUGCAGCAGACCGGACCGCAUCGGACCAUAGCAGAGCGGCUAUCCAGUGUUUGUCCUCUCAGGCCAAGUGUGUGUGUGUGUGUGUGUGUAUACUCGUUUUUAAUGGUGGUAGUUAUGGCCACCUAGUGGUGUCACAGUUCCGAACGUGCUGUACGACAAUCUCUCAACAACAAUCAACAUUCCACGUCGUCCAUUUUUCUACCCCACAACCCCAAUCAAAUGAUCCACCGCGUCUAGCUUGUUCUGGCGCGCGCGUGUGUGUGUGUGUGCACAGUGAUGUGAUGAAGCGGCAGCAGUAGCACAAUUAGGACCCAAUUAGUGGGUGGGGGAGUCGGUGACUUGGGACGAGCCAGCCAGCCAGCAAAUCCAAGCCAAGAUGUCGCUGACGGUGCGGAUCAAUAAGUUUCAGUUGCCGAAAACGAAGGCGAACCUGCUUGGCUGGGUAGAAUUUCGAGGUGUUGCGCACACGACGACCGAGCUCAACUGUGGGUCCGAGCUGGUCCAAGUAAACCAGAGCUUUAUCUGGCCGCUGGCACGGCCGGCCGACGACACCGAGACGAUCACGGUGGAAUUGCGCCAGCAGACGACCAAGAUACUGCUGAAGACCGGCAUUGGCUCUUCGCUGUCGUCGUCCGGAGGAGCGACCGGCUCGAACGGGACGAGCGGCCACCGCGGUACCAUCGCCAGCAGCACCAAGAUCAUUGGCCGCUUCGUGAUGCAGAUGCAGAGCCUCAAAGUAAAGGGUCGGCUACGCGUCGAGGACCGACUGGUCGACCUUUCCAGCAAGCCGAUCGAAGCGUACGUCAGCUUCGACAUGUGCUACCAAAGCCCCGAGGAUGAGCUGGGCCACUUCGAUUCGGCCCAGGUCGUGCACGGUUUGCAUCAGCAACAGCAGCACCAGCAUCAGCUCGAUGUCGACGAUCAGCAGAUGCUGCUGAACAUCGAGCAGAACAUUGCGAACCUGGAGAAAAGCCUAACAGCGCAGCACGCGUCCGGAUGCGAUGAGACGGCCGGCCAUGGUGCCGGUGCCGGUACCGGUGUCAGUGCCGGUGGACGUCGCAAACCCAACCUGAUCAAACGCGUCAUGUCAUCCGGGGCAACCGAUCUAGGGGAGCACCAGCAGGUGCGCUCGAGUGAUCAGGCCUCCUCGGACAAUGAAACGAGCGGGGGUGGUAUGAGGCGGGACCGGAAGGUGACGCUACGCACUGUGCGUAACUUUAUACGGCUGGGCCGCUCCCGGCAGUCGUCGCGCGAAAGUAACGCCAGCAGCACUGAGGACGAAGGCCGCUCGCUGAUCAGCGGAGGUGAUAAGGGGGAUCAGGGUAGUGGCGGUCACCAGCAGGCCACCGACACUUCCACCGAUGCCGGGCUGGGACGGCCAAGCAGCGCGGAAACAGCCAGCGGCGAGAGGCAACAGCAACGACGCCGGACAACGGCAACAGCCAAGAUCGUUAGCCCGACUGGUGGUGGUGGUGAGUACGAGAAUGUCUCGCAAACCGGUAGUACCCACUCGAAUGCGUCGGACGACGAUGUAGACGAGGCGACCGCCAAAAAGGAAAAACUCAAGAAACUGAAGUCUCUGGCAAAGGGCAACGAUCAUCUGAAGUCACAGGACUUCCAGGUGUGUGUGACGGUGAUCGAGGCACGCCAGUUGCCCGGCCUCAACAUGGAUCCGGUCGUCUGCAUCCAGGUAGGCGACCAGAAGAAGUACACCAGCGUGAAGGAGAGUACCAACUGUCCGUACUACAACGAGUACUUUGUUUUCGACUUCCACAUGGCACCAGUCAUGUUGUUCGACAAGAUCAUCACCCUCUCGGUGCUGCAAAGCCGCGGAGUCUUUCAAUCGAAUAGGCUGGUCGGUGCGUUCAAGCUAGACGUCGCCACGCUCUGGUGCCAGAAAGACCACCAGUUCUACCACAAAUGGGCCCUGCUGUCCGAUCCGGAGGACUUUGCGGCCGGCCCGAAGGGUUACCUUAAGUGUGACGUCGGUAUCAUCGGCAAGGGUGACACGGUCAAGGUGCCACCCAAGUCUGAGAAGGACCCGGACGAUAUCGAAGCGAACCUGCUGCUGCCGGACGGUGUGCCGAUCGAGCGGCAGCGGGCCAAGUUCAUCGUGAAAGUGUACCGGGCGGACGGACUGCCGCGCAUGAACUCCUCGAUCAUGGCGAAUGUGAAGCGGGCGUUCACGGGUGAGGCGAAGGAUCUGGUCAACCCGUAUGUGCAAGUGUCCUUCGCCGGCCUCACGGGCAAGACGAACGUGAAGAAAGCAUCGUACAGCCCGGUGUGGAACGAGCAGCUCGUCUUUACCGAGAUGUUUCCGCCGUUGUGCCAGCGCAUCAAGAUCCAGCUGCGCGACGCCGACCCGAUGAAACCGUCGAUCAUCGGUACGCACUACAUCGACUUGAAGCAGAUUUCGAACGACGGUGAGAAGGGCUUCCUGCCGACCUACGGUCCCUCGUUCGUGCAUCUGUAUGGUUCGACGCGCGACUAUAACCUGCUUGACCAGCACUCGAACCUCAACACCGGGCUCGGCGAGGGCGUCAGCUACCGGGCUCGCCUGCUUAUUGCCAUCCGUACCGAGAUCACCGACAACGUCGAACUAUUCACCGACAAGAACGUGGAGGUUGAGUCAACGCUGCCAAUCUGCGAGUCGUCGUAUUGCAAGAGCGACGUGUUCGUGCUGUUCGCGACCGUCCUAGAGGCAUCGAUGCUGGACCGGAAGGUGUGCGACCGGUUGGUCUACUUCGAGCUGAGCAUUGGUAACGCAGGGAACUCGCUGGACGGGCACAACGAGAGCGCCACGAGCGCACUGGACGACGACGGUGAUGGUGAGCUGCUGUCCAUCGAUACGACCGCGUACAACAGCACGACCAGCGCCUGCAAACCGAUCACGCACGACAAGAGCCACUUCUUCCUGCCGUACUGGGACUACAAGCCAUGCAUGGACGUCCGCUGCACCUUCCCGGAUUUGCGCCGGCGCAUGUACAACAGCAACAUGAUCGGCAAGAUCGUCGACCGGUUGGAGGUGGGGCUUGCCGAAACGCACCUACUGCUGGAGGAUGAGGAUCCGACGGCCGAGGUACGGCUGAGGGCAGUGCUGGAGGAGGUCGCCUCGAGCUGCGGCCGGUACGUGAUGAUCACAAAGGGGGCCCUGGUGGGGCCGGGCACCGGUAAAACCAAACUGGACAAGGAGCGCAUCAAGUUGUGCCAGCGCGAACUGGAAGCGAUCGGCAAUAUGGCGCGCAACCUGCGCGCCCUCGUCACCAAGAGCUCAAUGCGGGAACGUUACCGGACUGCCCAGACCUACCUCGGUCGGCUCAAGUUCCUGGUCGACGAUCCGCAGCACGCGCUUCCGGACGUGUUCGUGUGGAUGGUGGCGAAUGGAAAGCGAGUCGCGUACCACCGGGUCGGCGCUCGCGACCUCAUCUACUCGACGCUCGAGGAGGAGAUGGGCGCACAGUGCGGUAAGGUGCAGACUGUCUUCCUGAAGUUGCCGGGCCGGCAGGCGGAGGGUCCGGCAGGUUGGCACGUUCGUGCCAAGCUGCAUCUCUACUUCUGGCUCGGUACGCUAAAGCACAAGAAGUACUUCUACUCGGGGCUACCACGGGGUUACGAGCUGCUGCACGAGCUGAAGAACGCGGACAAACCGACGCUGCCGGCCCCGACCACCAUCCACUACAUCGAGAAGCAUGCGUUCCAGCUGCGGGCCCACCUGUACCAGGCCCGCUCGCUCAUCGGCUCGGAUGCGUCCGGUUUGAGCGAUCCAUACGCGACGGUAUACGUGACCGAGCACUGCAAGGUGACGCAGGUGAUCGAGGAGACGCUCAGCCCGACCUGGGACGAGCUGCUGCUGUUCGACGAGAUCGUGCUGUACGGCGCGAAGGAGGAAAUCCGGAAGGAUCCGCCGACGAUCGUGAUCGACAUCUACGACCAGGACAAGGUUGGCAAGUCGGAGUUUAUUGGACGGGCGCUGGCGAAGCCGCGCAUCAAGCUGAAGGAGAACCACUAUACCACACCGGUGCUCGAGUGGUUCGAUAUUACGCGCGGGCUUGACAGUGCUGGCGAACUGCUCGCCGCCUUCGAGAUGCUGGAGCUCGGAUCCGACGAUGUGCCACGUCUGUCAGACCCGAAGUACGUCACGCACGGUGGUGGUGGUGGUGGAGGAGGAGGAGGAGGAGGAGGAGGAGGAGGAGGAGGGACCGCUAUGACGGUACCCUCCUCGGUCGCGAUUCUGCCGGUACCGCGUGAUGUACGGCCCAAUCUGGCCCGCUUCCGUAUCGAGGUGCUGUUCUGGGGGUUGCGCGACCUUAAGCGCGUCCAUUUCAUGACGGUCGACAAACCGCGCAUCGACAUCGAGUGCUCGGGCAAGAUCCUCAGCUCCAGCAUUAUCCAGAAUGCGAAACGCAAUCCCAACUUUGCUGGUAUGCUCAAAUUUUUCGACCUCGAGCUGCCGAUCGAGGAGCGGUACGCACCGCCGAUCACGAUCCGGGCCGUCGAUUGCCGCUCGUUUGGUCGCUACACGCUGGUUGGUACGCACCAGAUCACCUCCAUCCAUCGUUACAUGCACCGACCGGCACUGAAGGAGGACCCGAAGCGCUACAACCAGCACGGUCAGAUCAUGCUGAUGCGAAACCAGCACGAGGGUGCCGACCACGCCUCGUUGGAUGGUGCCACCGAGGGAGGAGGAGGAGGAGAAGGUGCGGCCCCCGUUACGGCUCAACCGCAACAUGGUGGAGGCACCGGGCACCAACACCACCACCAUCACACAGAGAGCGAGAUCGCACUUCUCAACUCCUGGUCGAACGAGAACCUAACACAGUACGGUGCGGCGGUGUGUUUGGGCGGUGGUGGGGCCGCCGCCGCUGCCACCAGCUGCAAGACACCCUUCGGUAAGGCGCCAACCAAGAAGCAGAAGAAGAAGCACCUGCUAGAGCAGCAGGAAACGCUCGAGGCGGAGGACGACGACGAGUCCAGCAAGGACUGGUGGACAAAGUACUUUCUCUCCUACGAGCGGCUGAUCGAAUCCAUGAAGGUGUCCUCCGCGAAACGCCCAUUCGAUGCGUCUUACACGACAGCCGGGGGAGCGGCGACGGCCAUCGGUGAGCUGUCGGUGGGCGCGACUGGUAGUAGUAGUAGUAGUGGUGGUAGUGGUGGUUUUCAGGCUCAGGUGAGUGGUAGCGACGGCAAGAAGCUGGGCGUCCGGACGUCGAAGCUGGUGUCGAAACUGAGUCCCAAACCGACACCGAGGAGACUGCACGGAGCCAAUGGUAGCGGUGGGGGCGGUGGUGUCCCGGGCACUAUCGCAGGUAGUCGCGUCGCCACCUGCCAGAUCUAUCCGUGCGAGUUGGAGUCGCUGCCCGAGUACCGGGAGUUCAAGGAAUGGCUGCUGGCGUUCCCGUUGUACCGGGGCAAAAAAACGGGCGACAGCACGGAGGACGAGACGCGCAUUGUCGGCUACUUCAAGGGGGCGCUCAAGGUGUACAAGCUGCCGAUCGAGAAGGGGCUGGAGCCAGCGUUCACACCUACUUUGCCGCUGAACGAUCCGAUUCACGUGCUGGUGCGCGUGUACAUCGUCAAGGCGACCGAUCUGCACCCGAUGGACCUGAACGGGAAAGCGGACCCGUACGUGGUGCUGCAACUCGGCACCAAACGCAUCUCGGACAAGGACUGCUACGUCAGCAAGCAGCUGAACCCGGUGUUCGGCAAGUGCUUCGAGAUUGAGGCGACCUUCCCGCAGGACUCGAUGCUGACGGUGCAGAUCUACGACUGGGAUCUCGUUGGCUCGGACGAUCUGAUCGGUGAGACGCGCAUCGACCUGGAAAAUCGCUUCUACAGCAAGCAUCGGGCGAUGUGUGGCAUCGCAAGCCGCUAUGAAGACUCUGGUUACAACAUUUGGCGCGAUCCGAUGAAGCCGACCCAGAUACUGACGAAGCUAUGCAAGGAGAACAAGCUGGAACCACCCCAGUACUUCCAGGAUCGCGUCACCAUCGGCCGGUACUGCUUCGUGUUUACCGGUGAUGAAAUCCAGACCUGGAGCAACCCGGCCUCGAUCAAGUACCGGGACGAACACCUGGCAUUGGCCGUUCUGCACCGCUGGGAGGAGAUGCCGCGUUUCGGCUGCAAGAUCGUACCGGAGCACAUCGAGUCGCGGUCGCUGUACAACGCGGACAAGCCGGGCAUCGAGCAGGGUAAACUGGAGAUGUGGGUCGACCUGUUCCCGAUGGAUAUGCCGCUGCCCGGGCCACCGGUCGACAUUUCGCCCCGGAAGCCCCGUACGUACGAGUUGCGCGUCAUCAUCUGGAAUACUGACGACGUGGUGCUGGAGGACGACGCGUUCUUCACCGGCGAGAAGAUGUCGGACAUCUAUGUGAAGGGAUGGUUGAAGGGACCGCAGGAUGCGCAGGCGACCGACAUUCACUACCGGUCGCUGACCGGCGAGGGGAACUUCAACUGGCGCUUCAUCUUUCCGUUCGACUACCUCGCGGCCGAGGAGCGGAUUGUGUUGUCACGCAAGGAGUCACUGUUCAGCUGGGACGAGACGGAGGUGAAGAUGCCGGCCCGGCUCGAGCUACAAGUAUGGGACGCGGACCACUUUUCCGCCGACGACUUCCUCGGUGCGAUCUCGCUCAACCUCAACCGCUUCCCGCGUGGUGCCAAGUCUUCCAAACUCUGCACGCUCGAUAUGCUCCGCACCGACAGCGUGCCAACGGUCAACAUCUUCAAGCAGAAGCGUGUCCGCGGAUGGUGGCCGUUCUUCAUCAAGAAGGAGAAUGACGAGAUGGAGCUGACCGGCAAGGUCGAAGCGGAGAUCCACCUGCUAACCCGCGACGAGGCGGAGAAGAACCCAGCCGGCUACGGUCGCAACGAGCCCGAUCCGCUCGAGAAGCCCAAUCGGCCGGAUGCUUCCUUCAUGUGGUUUCUCAACCCACUCAAAUCGGUCCGGUACAUCAUCUGGCACAACUACAAGUGGAAGAUUAUUAAGGGUUUCGUCAUACUCGGGCUGGCGCUACUGCUGCUGCUGUUCUUCUACGCCAUACCGGGCUACUCAGUCAAGCGGAUACUAGGCGCCUAAGGCCACAAUGACGCGGACGUCCUUCUGGCCGAACACACACACACGCGCACUUACUGCACGCUUCGAACUCGAAACCACUUCGAAAGUCUCGUGGGUGGGACUCCAGGCUUCGAGUUCGGUCCUAAUCUAGCUCCGAUACCGUCGCACUUUACACCAGAGACAGUGACCAGUACAGGCGACGGGUGCGGCCGCACCUCGUAUAGCGCACAGACACACCAGAGCUCAUCAAAUUUGGCUCUUUUGUUUUUGUAAUGUUUGUUAUUCCGUUCAUGGUUCUUCCGGCAUCCGGGGAUUUGGAAAGAGGAUAUAUGGCCAGAGAGGUGGGAAACGAUUAUGGAGGGAGAUAGGGAGGCCACUCGGCCAUACUUUACGGUAGGAAUACAGGUAUGAACACAACAACAGAACACCGUGUACACCGAGCACGCGAGUUAGACUAGAACAGCAUAAUAGAAAAUUAUACAUAUAUACAGAGAUAAAGAUAUACAUAUACUAACACAAAAAACACACGCCCACACACACACACGUACAGAUGUACGUACGUGUAUAUAUGCAUAUAUAGACAUACUCAGCACCCACUUAUCUCAAUAUCAAUUUACACGUACAAAUUAUUAAGGGAACACAAUCACAAAGAGUAAUUUAAACAUCUAAACAUCGUCGGCCAACGACACCGACACAAGCAAGAUGGUAUAUAUGCACCGGUUGCUUUUUUAAGCAGGAACUUUUACCCUACGAGCUGCCCCAAUAUACCCAGCAUCCACCUAGACACACAUAUUCCCAUUUCCUUUACCGACCUUUACCGACCUCGUCCUACACCUGUUAUUGCCAUCUCCCACCCAAUCAAACUCUCUCCCUGCGUACCAAUCACCUUCCAUAUCUGUACUCGCAUAGUUGCACCCUUAGCUAGUUGUGUGUGCGCGUGCGGGUAUGAGUGGCGUCGUGGAGUGUCUAGGUAUGUGGAAUGGCACUAGCAAUGGAGGAAGAUGAGAUGUAGUAAAUCGCCAUUGCUAGUACGCCGCGGCGAUCCAGGCACCACAAUCAUUUUUUCUUUUUCUUUCUCUCUUUCUCUCUCUCUCUCUUUCUCUCUCUCUUUCUUUCUCUCUCUCUCUCUCUCUCUCUCUAUCUCUCUCUCUCUCUCUGUGUCUCUUACCGCUUGUUCAAAUUAUACAAAUCUAUGGUAAUGCAUGGUGGUAAUUUCUAUUUUCUAGCGUCAACACUAUGAGAUUUUAUGGCUAGAAAUUGAUGAAACCAUAGAGAAUGCAGGAAUUUAAUCAGCUAAAGUAUUGGUGGACGAGACCAAUUUUGAAGAUAAUUAUGAUUUUCCGCCGUUUUAUUAUCGUGCGUAGCUAAGAACAUGGGAUCAGCAAACCGUAACGAAUGUUUUCUAGGGCUACGGUACAUUUUUCGCCAAUAUAUUAUACUCUGGACAAGGGGUUACACACACGGACAAGGGGUACACAUAAGGUAGCGUGUGUAAAGGUUCCUUAGCAGUUUACUAGCCCGUAGGUAUCGUAUAUGCUAGUGAGAGUAGCUAGCAAAUUCCAGUUUCAACUCAUCACACCGAUAUUUAAAAGGCCCUGUUAUGAAAUUAACUACUGUUUUAUCACCCCACAGGAAAAAAGGAAGCACACACAUACACACAUACACUCAUAAACACAAAUAGGAUCACUUGAACGAAUUGGUCUCUAUUGUUUCAAUGGUUCAAUUGUUAAAAAAAUUAUGCGUUCACUUAUAUUUCUGUGCAAUCAUCAUUCAUU